GGAAUAGAAGAGAUCCACCUAGAAGACCAGACACUGGGACAAGAUGGCAGGAACUAGUCUAGGGGCCCGCUUCUACCGGCAGAUAAAAAGACACCCUGGGCUCAUCCCAAUGAUUGGCUUCAUCUGCUUGGGCAUGGGCAGUGCCGGACUCUACUUGCUGCGACUUGCCCUGCGCAGUCCUGAUGUCUGCUGGGACAGAAAGAACCCGGAGCCCUGGAACCGCCUGAGUCCCAAUGACCAGUACAAGUUCCUUGCCGUUUCCACCGACUACAAGAAGCUGAAGAAGGACCGGCCAGACUUCUAAGCCAGUGAUCUCCACGUAAAUCACUCUUUCCACUCCCUGCCCCAGACCCUAGGGCGUCUGUCUAGCAGCAUCAGUCCAGCUUCUGCUUAACGGCCCGAUUCCCACGCAGGGGGGAGGCCGCCCCGCCCGCACCCGCCUCCCUUGCUCCCAGGAGAGGAAAAAGCCUCUGACCCUCAGCUUGAGUCCCACGCGGGGGAGGGGACUCGACUGCAGACGACAGUUGGGGUUGACCCCAAAACCCAAGCCAGUCCCCCUCUGCCCCUCCCUGCCCCUCCUGACUGGGUGUGGCGCAGGCUACGUGUUGAGCGUGUCCGACGUGUGCCAGCAGCAAGCAGGGGCCUGAGUGCCAGGGACGUGGCAGGCCCCACGUUUGUGAGAGUUUUUGAGCAGGGUUCAGGGCGGUGUCUGCCCAGGCUCGACUGGGCUCGUCCUGGGUUCCCAGCCUGACUCGGAUGGGGUACCUCUGCCGUGCAGUGGGCUUCUUCCCUGCCCAAGCCGGCAGCCUCCGGUCAAGGACACCCCUCCCGUCUUGCACCUGGGCAGUCUUGUGCCUUUCCCCCACCCCUCCCUUCCCUUGCUUUUCUGUCCCUGGGGAUCAAACAGAAGCAGCCGUGGGCAAAAUACAAUUUCAUUUAACAAAUUGAA